AUAUGCCGCGGCGCUCCGCCCCUGCAUCGAGUCUAUUUAUAACCGCUGCAGCAGCGCUGUGACAGUUUAACAAGCUGCAGAUGCAGAGAAGCAGCACCUGAAGGCCUCUGCGUCACUCUCCAGACCAAGAACAACCUGAAAAACUUGUGGCCAGGAUGGCAGAGGGAAACAACAGCUCCGAUGGAGAUGCGGCCGGGACGCAGCCCGAGGAGGUCCCGCUGGAGGAGAAGAGGAAUGGGGAGGAGGAGGGGGAGGACAAGAAGGAGAACGGAGACUACAAGGUGAAAGUGUCGGAGAAAGCGGAGGAUGCGGAGUUCGUGCACCCGGAGGGCGGCUGGGGCUGGGUGGUCAUGCUCGCCUCCAUGUGGUGCAACGGCUCCGUGUUCGGGAUCCAGAACGCGUUCGGGCUGCUGUUCCUGUCCCUGCUGCGGGAGUUCGGCUCCGAGGAGGACAAGGACCUGCGCUUCAAGACGGCGUGGGUGGGCUCCCUCUCCAUGGGGAUGAUCUUCUUCUGCUCUCCCAUCGUCAGCAUCUUCACCGACGUCCUUGGCUGCCGGAUCACGGCGGUGGGCGGCGCCGCCGUCGGCCUGGUCGGCCUGCUGGCCAGCUCCUUCGUGAAGUCGCUCAGCCUCAUGUACUUCACCUACGGCAUCGUGUUCGCCUGCGGCUGCUCCUUCGCUUACCAGCCCAGCCUGGUCAUUCUGGGCCACUACUUCAAGAAGCGCCUGGGUCUGGUGAACGGCAUCGUGACGGCGGGCAGCAGCUUCUUCACCGUCACCCUGCCCUUCGUGAUGUCGGGCCUGCUGGAGAAGGUGGGCCUGCAGAACACCAUGCGGGUCCUCUGCAUCCUCAUGUUCGUGCUGAUGCUGGCCGGAUUCACCUACCGGCCCCUGCUGCCCGUCAAGGUCAGCAGCCAGACGGGAGGCUCGCGCAUGAGCCAGCUGUUCAACACCAACAUCUGGAAGUCGGUGGGUUACCGCAUCUGGGCCUUCGGCAUCCCCGCCGCCCUCUAUGGCUACUUCGUGCCCUACGUUCACCUGAUGAACCACGUGGAGGAGCGGUUCGGGGCGGACGCCAACAAGGAGGUUCUGCUCAUGUGCAUCGGCAUCACAUCCGGGAUCGGCCGACUCAUCUUUGGCAGGGUGGCAGAUUACGUCCGAGGGGUCAACAAAGUAUUCCUGCAGGUGUCUUCAUUCUUUGUCAUCGGCGUCAUGUCCAUGAUGAUCCCCCUCUGCAGCAUCUUCGGCGGCCUGAUCGCCGUGUGCCUGCUGAUGGGGCUGUUUGACGGCUGCUUCAUCUGCAUCAUGGCCCCCAUCGCCUUUGAGCUGGUGGGGUCGGAAGACGUGUCUCAGGCCAUCGGCUGCCUGCUGGGCCUCAUGUCCGUCCCCAUGGUGGCGGGCCCCCCGAUCGCAGGUUUACUGAGGGACAAGCUGGGCAGCUACGACGUGGCCUUCUACCUGGCGGGCAUCCCCCCCAUCAUCGGCGGGCUGGUGCUGUGCCUCAUCCCCUGGGUGGAGGCCAAGGCCAGGAGGAGACAAAAGGAGGAGGCGUCCAGCAAGGACAAGGACCUCUCCCAGAAGAUGCUGGACCACCAGAAGGCUCAGGAAAACAAAUCGGGGGACUCGGUCCUCUAAGAGCCCCCCCCCCCCCGAGCAGACUGGACUGGGGCCGCUGCCCCUCCGGCAGCUUUCCCCAUGCUGCCUUGGUGUUUUUUAAGCCAAAGUUUUGAUGACUGCCAUCAGUAGGACUAAAUUCAUGCAAUGAAACAUAUCAGUGUCACGUGUUGUAGCAGCGCACCGCAACUGUGAUCCUGGAGAACUAUGCAUUAGAUCUGCCAACUUGAAAAUUUUAAAUGAAAGUAGGGAAAAGCUUGCACAUUUCAAAAUCACUUGAGGUUCACAAGUUACGCUGUAAUUACUGACAAGCAGUAGAUUCAGUCUUUAAUCAGUGUUUCUGCAGAAAUCGACGCCGUCCUCUGGCAUUGUGGGUGUUUUUUUAUGGGUGUACAGUCGUCUCUCAACACUACCGUCAGGUUGUAGGUGUGUGGGAAGAGCAGAGGUCGUGGGAAGGCCUUUACCGACGUCUCCGUCCCUCUGGAGCUCAGCGUGAGACCACCGGGGCUUCAGAGACGCGAGGCACGCUGGAUAUCACUGCUUCUAGGAAUAAUUCAGUUCUUUGGGAUCCGAGCGGAUGCACUUGAAGGACUUCAGUUCUGUCCCUGAGCCUGGUCCAGGAAACUGGUUCCACACGGACGGGUUCUCUGCUGGGCUGGUUUACGGCAGAUUCACGCCCCGGCGGAGAGACCCCCGUCUUCAGUUUACCUUUUACUUUUUUCUAAAUGACCACUUAUUCUUAAUUAUUCAGUGGUUCUGCAUCACCAGCAUUUUUACUGGCGCUGCGACUGGCUGAAACAAGCCGCUGUAAUCAGAUUACCUCCCAGAAGCUCCUUCUGAACAAGCCGCUUGUAGUCAGAUUACUUCUGGGAUGUACUUCUUUGAAGUGGCCAAACGUUGCUGUUUGCAGUGGUCUGAUUAAAAGGUCCCGCGUUAAAGGUAUAGUCAGUAAUGUGGGAGAGCUAGCAAGAUUUGAAAAUGGCACCUCCUCUAAGCCCCGCCCCCUCCUCCCCCUCCCGUCAGCGCUCCGUCCAAAGCCACGCCCCCACAAACUUUGGGGAACGCGCAUUUGCAGGAGUCGAGUUUUCCAGGACAUUUUGGACAGCACAUUUUCAACAAAACUACCCCAUGUCUCAUUCACCUGUAAGUGAGGCCGGUU